UUUAGCGUAAGACUCACGUACAUACACAAUAUACAUAAAUCUGUGUUUACACCAGUUGGCAGUUUUCAAUUAUACAUGAGGAGUGACCAAAGAAGCAUGACGUCCCUGCUAAGAGCCUUUGGAAAGCAUCUCCAUAGAACUUUGAAUGCCGAAAAAGCUAAACCAUGCAUUUAUAUAGCAACAGCAAACCUAAAAAAUAGGUGGUGUCAAAGCUGCUCAUCAAUAUCUGGUUAUACAGGAUCGAAUCAGGUUCAGAAGAGCAAGUCAACUCGCAGCCACAGCGGUAAAAGUACAGGUGGGGCGAUCUUGGCACUGACAGGAACACUAGUCGGUAUGUACCACACAUUAUUAAUCUUAUAUUUGAAAUUUGUAACAUUAAACUCAAUGUGUGGGGAGUGGGAGAGAGUGUUAUUAGUAAUAUUAGUAUUAGUGUUAUAUUAUAUUAUGACUAUGAUUGACUAUGUGAUCAAUUAGACACAUAAAAAGUAAUUAAAAAAUUCAAGCCCUUCUUAGCCAUCCAUUGCCAGUAGGCAUAGGAGGACCAUUAGGCUUAGGCUAUAAUUAUAAUAUUUGGACUGAUUUCAUGAAAAUCUGCAUGACUUAUUUGAUUUUAAAUUAUCUUUUAUAUCCCUUCUUAACAUUUAAAUUUUAAAGUAAUUAAUUUCAUCGAAGUGUCUACACCUCUGGUGCGCCGAACACAUAGUGCGGGAGAUAUACCUCCGGCAGGCAUGUCACAUGACCGCCGGACAACUGUAUGGAUGGGGGGGAGGGAGGAUCUGCUGCCUGGGUACAGCUUAUUCUCCAUACAAACGACACCAUAAUAUCCUUGAGACAGGUAGAUUCCAGAAAGAAUCUCUCUCAAACUGAGCCACUUUAAGAAUUUGUUAUUUGAAUUGGAAAGAAGGGUUUCAAAUUUUUUAAAAUUAAAAAUUUGAAUGAGAAUUGUAAUAAAUUUUAGAAUUUAAAUAAUUCAAUUCAAUAAUUGUUUCUGAUUUUUAUUCCAGGAGCGGUGUUGUAUUGGAAGUGCAAAAAUAAUUUUUCAAAAUCUUUAUAUUUUGGAAAAGUGUUUGCUGCAGAAAGUGAACCUGGCAAGAUUAAGGAUGGCUUACCAACAUUCACAAAAGCAGAUGUUGCUGCUCAUAAUUCAAAAGAAACUGGCAUUUGGGUCAUAUUUGGAAAUGGUGUAUAUGAUGUUACUGAAUAUGUUCAAAGUCAUCCAGGGGGGAAUAAAAUUCUCUUAGCAGCUGGAAAAUCCAUUGAGCCAUACUGGAGUGUGUAUUCCGUACACAAGACAGAAGAGAUUUACGAAAUCCUUGAAUCCCUACGAAUUGGCAAUAUUGUAGAAGUGUCCACUAAAAAAUCUAAAGACGUUGGUGAUCCCUAUAGAGCUGAUCCUGAGAGAUCCCCUGUUUUAAUUCCUAGUUCUGAGAAACCGUACAACGCUGAACCACCUCUGGAGAUGCUUGCUGAUGUUUUCCUUACACCCAAUCAUUUAUUUUUUAUCAGGAAUCAUUUGCCUGUCCCAUGCAUGAAGCUUGAGGGCUAUUCUUUGAAACUGGAAAUGAGCCCUGGUAAAUCAGCAUCAAUCAAAAUUGAGGAGCUGAGAACCAAAUUCCCCAAAAAAAGUGUUACGGCUGUGAUCCAGUGUGCAGGCAACAGACGUGGUGAAAUGGUGAAGGUGAAGCCAGUGAAAGGACUUAACUGGGGAAGUGCUGCAAUCAGCAAUGCUAAAUGGUCAGGUGUGUGCUUAGAUGACCUGUUGAAACAUUACAAAGUUGACAUUGAUACUGUAAACACCAAAUAUGUAGUCUUUGAAGGCAUGGAUAAGACUCCUGAGGGGGAGCCCUACGGAGCCUCAAUCCCUAUAGAGUUGGCGAAGAUGUUGAAAAAGGAAAUUAUUAUUGCAUAUGAAAUGAAUGGCACAUCUAUACCCCGUGAUCAUGGAUUUCCUGUCCGUGUUAUUAUCCCAGGUGUUGUAGGAGCAAGGCAGGUAUGUAGCUACACAAUGAUUUAACUUUUCAUGUACUUUUCAUAGAUAUGAAAUUAAAUUAUUAUUUAUUUUUCAGGAAAAUUCUUGUGUAAAUUGGAGUUAACAAUAAUUUUUUAAAUAUUAUUUUUCAGGUCAAGUGGCUGUCAAAAAUUUACUUCAGUGCAGAGGAAAGCACGUCUCACUGGCAAAGAAAAGAUUACAAGGGAUUCAACUCCUCUGUGGACUGGGACAAUGUUAAUUUCGACGAUGCUGUAUCAAUCACUCAGAUUCCUGUUAAUUCUGCUAUUUGUGAGCCUGUAGAAGGGGCUGAAGUAGAUGUCAGCUGUGACGAGGUGAGUAAUUUUUAACCCUAUGACUGUCAAGUGCAUUUUCUGUAGUUUCAAGACAUUUUAGCAUUUUAUAUGCUCGUCAAAAGUGAAAAAAAUCCCAUACAAAAUGGAUUCAGAGACCCUUACAAGUUUACAUUUUCUGAAAGUUUUUUGGAUAAGGUAUCUUAUGGUAUGAAAAUAAUUUUUUUAUAUAUAUUAAUUUUGACGUUGAGAAAGUGAGAAAAAUAUUACUACUCCAUUUCUGAAUUCAACCUACCUAGUACUCCAUAAAUUGUUCAAACUAUCAUAAAAUCAAGUUUUGAAGAUACUAGAAGCAAUAUUCUCUCAGAAAAUGUCAAGUUAUAGGUGCUUAUAUGGAAAAUUAGGAUGAUGGUGACAUUUUUUUAAUCACUACCUUCAAAUUUCUGUCAUGCAAAAUACAAGGGGGAGGGCACGAAACGAGUUCAAAAUUUACUUUUGAAAUAAAGGUAUUAAAUCCAUUUUUUUAUUCAAACUAAACUUUAAUGUCUUUUAAUCUCUUUCAGGUAGGUCUUUGGGAUACAAUCCUUGUCUUUUCUGUUUAAUUUCCAACCUUUCCCAAAUGAAUUUGUCUGUAACAAUACAACCAAGCUUUGUGCUAAAAUUGUCUAUAUCUGACUCUUAUGUUGCCAUCACCGCUAGAGCUAAUACUGUCAUUACUAGCACAUAGAAUAUCUCUGAUAUCAUUGCUGUCGUUUUAAUCCAUUUGAAGUAAUUUGAAUAAAGAAAGUAUGUUGAAUAGGCUGUUAAAAUGUUUUAGCAAAAUUACACACUCGAUUAAUCACAAAAAUGCCCUGAUAAAAGUAUGUUAACACACAGAUAGAAACAUAAAUAGGAAGCAAACUCAUUUAUGUUAAGUUAUUCCCACAAUAAAAUUUUGGAAUGAGAUUCUCGAAAAAGAAACAAUUGAGCUGUUAAAUCCUUUGUUGCUUUCCAUUUAAAUGAGAUGAAAACCCAAACCAUCAUUUUCCAAACUAUGAUCUACCAUAGAAAUAUAUAAAGCUCUGUGUUGUAAUUUUUAAAUAUUGCCUGUCAACAAAAAACAAAGCAUGGUAAGGGACUUAUGUAUUCAUUAUAGCACAAAGAAAUCCUUGUAAAAAUCAAAUAAUUACAUUUUGAACGCAAAAGUGAUCUUUUUGAAAAAUUUUCUUAAUAUUUAAAAAAUUAAUUUUGCCUCACCUCUCUUGCAGGUCCUUGUCAAAGGUUAUGCGUUCUCUGGUGGUGGUAGAGGAAUUAUUCGAGUCGAUGUAUCUGCAGAUGGCGGCAAAACAUGGAUUGAUGCCAAACUAAAACCAAACGGGCAAACUCCCUACACAUCCUAUGCCUGGACACUCUGGGAGGCCUAUGUGCCCCUUCCGAAGGGUGUCAGUGAGACAGUUCUGAUAGCGAAAGCCGUCGACGUGUCCUAUAACGUGCAGCCUGAUACAGUUGAGGGCAUCUGGAACCUGAGGGGUGUGCUGAGCAAUGCUUGGCAUAGGGUCAAUGUUAAGUUGGUCAAAGGUGCCAGCUCCCCCAAAGAGACCAAGACUGCACUAAAUUAGCAAUACAAGAAUGUCUCUAUUUAAUUUUUGUUUACAAUUUGGAUUUGGAUUUUUAGUUUGGAUUCCUUUAAAAAAAAAAACCUUUCAAAGAUUCACAUUGCAUGGAUUAUCAAGAAGCAGUUAUAUAUUAUCUUUAAGAAAACAUAUGCACCUCAUAUAGAUUGUAGAAAAAUUAUCCUUGCAGUCAUAUGCAUAUCCAUUAAAGUCUCUUUCAAGAAAAUCUAUAGGCUAGAACUAAAAAUAGCUACAAAAAAUGAGUUAUAUAAAUAAUAAUUUUUUUUUACUAUCACUGAAUAUCUCUAUAAGGGUUUCUAUCCGAGGAUCCUGCAUGAUUUUUGACACAAAAGACUUCCCAGGAAAUUUUCUAGCUCUGGAAAAAACACCUUUUAGAGUACGAUUUUCUAGUUUCAACUAAUGACAGAUAAGGCAAAACCUGUAAAAAUCUUGUUUUAUGCUGAAUUACCAAGUUCAAUCACUCUUAGUUCACAGAUUCUCAAGCAUUUCUAAGUUCCGACUAUAUUCACAUAGAAGCAAAGUGACUCUUACCACGAUAUUUUGGAAACAUGGUUUUGAAAUAUGGUAAAUUCUUUGAAAGGAAAACAAAUUCAAACCUAAUUUUCCAGAAUAAUGUAAAUCAUAAUGAUAGAAAUUGUAACUCAAACUUUAAGACACCAAUUUUUAAAAAAUUAUUUAAAAAUCAUUACUUAUCUUGUUUUUCAGCUGGUGACCCCACAUAAAUCCCUCAGCAACCCCAUGUGAGGUCACAUCCCAUGGGCUGGAAACAUAUGCUCUAGUAACUUCAUUAUCCCAAAAUGUUCAUUUGUUGUCAAAUUAACUUGUAAAUGUUGACAAAAUCAUUCCCAAAAUCAACAAAGUAAGACACAUUCAUAGAUAGAUACAUAUAUUAGAAAGAUGACAUGUAUUAUUAACAUUCCUAAUUAUUUUUAUUUUAGGCGAACCUCUUUGAUACAAAUAUUUCAUGAGGGAUUUUGAGCUAGAAUUAGUGACCUGUAAAGUAUACAAAACUCAUGAAUGUAUUUUUUUUUUCUACAAGUUGUUAUAUCCAACUUUUGUUAACAGGCAUAUCAUUAGCUAGGUGUCCAAUGAACAGUGGGAAACAAAGCAACUAGAACCAAGUGACCAACCUCUCAACUAACCGUAUUCCUGUUUUUUUCUUAGACAAUAACAAUUAUAAAAUCUAAAAAUUAACUCUUUUAAAGUUCAAUUCAGUUUAUGAUAUAUUUUAAAUUAAAUAAAUUUUAUCCCAGGAUUUCCUGGGUUUAGGAAAACUGUAUUCUUGAGAAAUGAGAAACCCUAAUUUCUAAAUUUCUAUAUUUAUUUAUAAAGAAAAAAAAGGGAAAAAUUCCUCAUCAUCAAAUUUAAUAGUUCCCCUGUUGAACUUAAAAUAAGCCAUUAACUUCUGUUUAAAUCAUUUAACCUCAUCCCUUAAACGCAUACAUAACUGUCAGACAUGAAAAUUUCCAGCUUCUGUUUGAAGUGAAAUAGUGUUAUCACACAAAUGAUGCAUCAGGCACUCAAUGACAUGGGUCUACCAUGUCCUAAACUGUUGGUUGGAUGAAACAGCAAAGAGCUGUGUGAACGUUUUCUAUAAUCAUCUUUUGAUUAAGAACUGUCUCUAGGUUUAUAAAGACCACAGUAAUAGAGUUGCCAGAUUUAGUUGUUUGACAAUAUAAAUUUAUUUUUUUUAAAAUUAUUAACAGGGUAUAUUGUUCAAUGACUAGACUUAUAUUUAUAAGGAAAAGGCAUUCACUAUAACUUUGGAGAAAAAAAUCCACUGCAGCCUUUGCUAUUUGUUUUGUUAAAUAUUACCAUAAACUGUGAUAGGCCCAUCCACUUUUGGGGGGAUUUACUGCCAUAAUUAAGAUUUAUAUUUAAAGCCUAGCCUAAACUGUUUUGGUGAUGUUGUUUUUUUGGGUGGCUUGAGGGGGCAUUGUGAAAGGAUAAAAUGGUUAAAAUGAAUCUGCUUACUGAGCAUGUCAACAAUUUAUGUUGACAGCAGUGUGUAAAAUAACUCUAAAUCAGUAUUGUUAUGGGAGGUUCAUUUGUAAUAAAAUGUUUGGUGCAUAAACUAUCGGUUGUAUUUUUUCAGCCUUAAUAUAACAUUUAGAACCGAGUUAUGGUAAUAUAGUCAUGUACAUAUAAUAUACUUGUGAUAUGUAUUGUUUUGAGGAGUAUUAAACAGUAGCUUUAUUAAGACUGCUAACAUUCCAUAUAUAAAAAGCUGAGCAUUGAUUUCCUAACUAAAUUUGGGUGGGGUGGAUGUUUUUUUGUAAAACACAUUUUCAGAUAACCCAACACUCCCAUGGAAAGAUUGCGUAAAGGAAGUUAUUAUAACGAAUACCUUAUUCUUACCUUAUAGCUAUAAACAUAUGGUGCUACCAUACCGUAGUGGCACUGAAUUUUUUUUCUUACUGUGAAAUAGGUUGUUACCAGUAACAGAUGACUGGGUCUUAAAAUAAAAUCCGAGGUAACUUUGUCUUUAGUUUACAUGCCUGUAUUCUGCAUUACAUGAUUAGAAUGUUGGCAGAGCGCCUUGUCCCAGUCUGUCCAUUGCAUGAACAUUACCUAUCUAAAUUUUACCUGGAAUGUGCAACAGGGUGGGAAUUGUUUUGUGGUGUUUGUACACCUAUUCUCCAUGUUUAUUGCGCAAUGGUCUUUUUUUUUUUUUUUUAAAAAGAGACAGUUAAUGUUAGGAUAAUAAAUGUUUCUCUGCAUUUUGGAAAAUCAUUGCACUACUGUAAAUAAUAUAUAGCUCAUAUCGUGGCAAAGCUUUGCAUCACUUUAAUAAUUAAUGUUAAAUUCAUUUGUCUUGUCUUAGAGAGAUGUUCUAUUCAGAUUACACUUAAAAAAGAUUUUAGAUUCUUAAACGUUCUUUCAAGAUACUUAUGAAUUUCAAUAGACAGAAUCACAUGAUUUUUACAUUAUUUGGUUUGCAGUACGAAUCCUUAUUGUUAGAAUUGACUUCAUUAAUUUCUCAUAUUAGUUUAUGCAAAAACUAAAUACAUUUCACUGGGAUUUGACUUGAAUAAAUAGGCAAUUUAUUUUUUAAGUGUUGAUUUCCAUGUGUUGGCACUUUUGAUUUGGAAUAGUAUAAAGUUUUCUACCGUCACUACUGCCUUAAGUCAUGCCAUGUUGUUAUAUGCAUGCCAUACAAUUGUUGCCUUUCUAUUUUGUUAACAUGUUGGUUAACUUUACAAUCUGCUUCUGUGGGUAACUUAUUGAAGCUUGACACUUGAAGUUUUGUCCUAAAACCACAAUGGGUACUUACAUUUUGUUCAUUUUUGAAUUUAUGAUAAUUUCAAUUGAUGAUAAAAUAAAUUUUAAAGGAC